AGAAACGAUCCUACCAGAAUAAUACCGCGGUGCCCUAAAUUAACAUAGGCAACCAACUUUAUAUUAGGUGCCUAUGAAUUGGUUCGUCAGUUCACUGUUUAGUGUAUUGAAUAUCACACAUCAUGAAGGCUUACAUAUUAAUCACGCUGCUCGUCGUGCAAGUUGCAACGGCGACUCUUACCAUAGACAAGAUCACAGAAAAAGUUCACGAGGGACUUAAAAUAUUGAAAGACAAAGCAGUACAUAAGCUGCAUAAACUCAAACAUGAGUUCGAUUUGAAGAAACUGCAUCAACUGCACGCCAUACAUUGGUUGCCUUACGCACACAAGCACUAUGUCCACGAGCAUUAUUCCAAGAAGACUCCACUAGUGGUCGAUCAUCACCAAAUUGAAAGACUGAAGCAUUACUUCGAGCCUCAUCACAAACCUGUACAUUUCCAUCAUGUGGAGCAUAAGCCCCCAGUACUGCAUCAUCUUGAACAUCACAAGCCAGUACAUUUUCAACAUUACCAGCAUUUUGAACACGUGAAAGUAUAAAUACUUAAUUAGAAAUUUAUGUUGGACUUCUCACAUAUAGAAUGCUUACAGACGUUGUGUUAAAUAAAUCAGAGUCAAACAGCUAACUUGGAAUAACUGAUUUCAAAUUGAUACUUACCGUCAAUAUUUGUCAACUUUAAACUGAAUAUCACGCCAAAAACUAUUCACUAAUAUUGACUAAAAUGAACUCGUAAAUGCUAUGUUCUUUUUUAAUCCAUUUUGUUAUAACUGUUUAGUCCAUAGUGAUUUAGACAUUUAUAUUUUGUAUUAACAUCAUUAAUAGUAAUAACAUAAGUUGUUUCCUUUGUUCUCUAUAAAAAGCAUCCCGUCUGUAAGCAAUCUUCAUCUUUCUUCGCAAUUAUCAGAACUCUGUAAUAGUUCUAGGAGUGUUAUAGGAGUCUAAUAGUUAGUUUUUAGAUAAAUAAGCUUUUCUCUCCUUCCAUAGCCAAGUGGCGUCUUAAGAUUCUUAUAAUGUGAAGUUAUCAAAUGAUGUGUCAAUUUUUUGUGCCUUUUUACUGUUCAUUAAUUUGGUAAGAAAAUAAUUAUUGUUAUAUAAAAUAUCGUCAGUACAAAAAGAAUGAUGCGGUAAUUUUUUGUGAUUAUUUGUUAAUUUAAGAAAAAAUACGAGUACUAAAUAAAAAAGCCUUAUGAAGUACA